GCAACAGCACAGUGAUAUUUGCAUCGAGUGGAUACAACUAAACUGUUCUUUCUUCCACGAACACAUCUGAUUGCAGAUCGUGAGUCAUGCCUGAAACCACUGUAAAGGCGCCCAAGAAGGGCUCAAAGAAAGCCGUGUCCAAGAGCGUUAAUAAGACCGGCAAGAAAAAGAGGAGACCCAGGAAGGAGAGCUACGCCAUCUACGUGUACAAGGUGCUGAAGCAGGUCCACCCCGACACCGGCAUCUCGUCCAAGGCUAUGGGCAUCAUGAACUCGUUUGUGAGCGACAUCUUUGAGCGCAUCGCCGGUGAGGCCUCCCGUCUGGCUCACUACAACAAGCGCUCCACCAUCACUUCCAGGGAGAUCCAGACCGCCGUCCGCCUGCUGCUGCCCGGGGAGCUGGCCAAGCACGCUGUGUCUGAGGGCACCAAGGCCGUCACCAAGUACACCAGCUCCAAGUAAA